AUGGCGAACCGCGAGACCAGCCGAGGGACACGAGGGGGUUCAGGACACCCAGAGGAGGACACUAGGAAGACACGAGGGGGACACGAGGGGGUCUGCAAGGAAGACGUCAAGGAAGACACCAAGAGAGGACAACUGAGAAGACACGAGGGGAACUCCUGGCGCGAGAGCACCGGGAGAGGACUAAGAAAGACACCGGAAGGAAGACAAGCGACACGGGAAUCAAGAAAGACACUGAGGAAGACACGAGGAAGACUUUUAAGACACGAGACUCAAGAAAGACAUCGAAAAAUACAAGCCGGCGAAGACACCGAAGGACUCAAGACAACGAGGAAGAGGAAAAAGACACUGAGAGAAAGACUCAAGAAAGACACAAAAAGACACCGAAAACACCAAGAAAAGACAGCGAGACACGAAGACUCAAGAAGGACACCGAAAAAGACACGAAGAAGACUCAAGAAAGACACCGAAAAAGAUGAAAAAGAUGACUCCGAUGAGGACACUGAGGAAGACUCAAGAAAGAUUCAAAAAGACACCGAGGAAGACUCAAGAAAGACAGCGAGACCGCGAAGGACGAGAAGCGCGGACGGAGGAGAGGCCGAGAAAAGCAACAGGAAGAUAGAGCAUGACCUUCAAAUCCCAGAUGCUCCGUUGACAUUUGGUGUCAGGAGCUACCGUGUGAUUUACCAGCGCUCCCUCCGGUGGUCGUGGGCGGCGCUCCUCAUAUCUGGGGCUUCAGAGAUGGCUCAUUUGUUGCCUAAAGCUGCAAGGGCGGCGCCUCUCGCGGCUCUGAACUGCAAUUAA